AAGACGUCUCGCCUCUCUAUUUCGCGUCGGCGCACUAGAAUUUGGUUCCCCAGCUGUCGCUACUCAACGGUUAAUAUACUUUGAUUGUUCCGUAAUCAAUCUCAUGUCAUGUUGACUAAAGAAUUUUAAAUUUAUGUAUUAUUUACAUGUUUUUGUGGUAAUUUUAGAUGUUUAAAAAAUAUGUUGUCUGUUAUGCAAUAUUUACUACCUCGUAGCCCACUGGCUUUUAUUAGGCAAGGUUCAUCCAGUUCGAAGAAGGGAAAAGGCGGAACAUGCGACUGUCCUCCGAAAGCAGCGAAACCGAAAUGCGAAUGUACUGCGAAAGUAGAGAAACCGAAGAAAGUACCGAAGUUAAAGACGUUCAAAGUUUACCGAUAUAACCCAGAAAAAAAGAAACCCGCGAAAAUGCAAAGCUAUACUAUCGAUCUUAACGAUUGUAGGCCUACAAUCCUCGAUGCUUUGAUGAAAAUUAAAACUGAACAGGAUUCAUCUUUAGCGUUCAGGAAAUCUUGCAGAGAGGGUAUUUGUGGUUCUUGUGGAAUGAAUAUUGAUGGUACUAAUGGACUUGCUUGUACACGAAAGAUAAAGCAUGGUGGUGUAACCAAAAUAUAUCCAUUACCUCAUAUGUACGUGGUCAAAGAUCUAAUAGUAGAUUUCAACCAAUUUAUAGAACAGCACAAUAGAAUCAAACCCUUUCUAAUGACGCGUGGAGAUACUAUAGCCAAUAAACAAUAUGUACAGAGUAUGAAAGACCGAGAUAAACUAAUCGGUCUGGCAGAAUGCAUUCUCUGUGCUUGCUGCUCGACAUCCUGUCCAGAAUAUUGGUGGCACGGACAUACAAAGCCACCUAAUGACUUUUUGGGCCCCGCAGCUCUGUUAAAUGCUUAUAGAUGGAUCAUAGACUCCAGAGAUCAAGGCACGGAUGAGAGGUUGAACGAGCUGAAAAAUUAUCACAGCGUCUACAGAUGCCAUCAAAUUAACAACUGUUCAACUUGUUGUCCAAAGAGGCUGUUACCAGGAAAAGUAAUCGCUAAAUUAAGAUUAUUAGUAAGUGAUAUCGUCCAGAAAAAAACUCCCGAUCUACAUGGAAUCGCUCUAUCAGAUCCUGAAAAAGCUUGCAGAGAUUAGCUACACUUUAAUUCCAUUUAGGAUAGAUAUAAAAUACGCAAAAAGUUGAGUCGCCAUAGAAAAUGUUAUCUUAAAAGUUUGGGCUUAAUUAAAAAAAAAGUGUUUGAGUUAUAAGUGAGAACUCAUCAGAGCCUUGUACCAGUUGAGCGUCGUAAUAAAUAUUUAAUCAUAAAUUAUUAAUCGUAUCUAAAUCUUAAAUUUGAUCAAAUCAAGUGGAAUCAAUACAUUUAAUUUUUGUUCUUUUGAAAAAAUUCAACGAUUCGUAAUAUUAUGGUUUUCACAUGUGUUGAAACAGACCUAAUGUUUACUUUUGACAGGUGUCAUAUAUUGACUCAUUAACAUUUUCUUGACAAUUUUCCAAGUUUUUAACAAAUUUAUUUUGACACUUCAUACUUCUAACUUUUUGAUACUUUUGAAAUUAUCCACAUUAGCUUUCUAUAUCGUUUGACAUUUAUAUGACAUUAAUGACAGUACCCAUUCUUGUUGACUUUUGAGAUUAAUAGUGUAUUUUGACAGUUCUUAUGCUUUUUUGAUGUUUUUUUGUCCAAGACACUACUUUUGACAAUUAUUUAAUUUUUUUACAAUUUUGGCGGUUAAAUAAAACGGUGAAAAUUAUUUUUUGUAUUAUUUCAUUAAAGUAUUUAUAUGUGCCCACUUUACCC